AAAUCCUCCUCUGUUUAAAUCAGAUUUGGAUAUCAGAUAAGUUGUUACAAAACCUUUGUACAUAACAGUCAUCAUCUGAUAUCUAGAGAAAUGAUAAAGGUAUCAAAUAAAGUUUGAAAACCAGUCUCAAAACUGCAGCAUCUGAUUGGCUGUCUGUGUGUUCAGUCUGGAAACUGACCAAUGACAAAGUUACAUACAGACUGGUCUUGAAACUCAGUUUAAAUAAUUGGAACACAGAUGUUGACAACAACAACUUCUGUACACAUCACUUUAAACAAGAAAAGAAAAAAAAAACAUGGUAUGGAUAGGUGAUGAAGAAAUUAAAUGCAUGAGCACUUUAAAAUAUAAUUAUUUAUUCAUUCAAGAAUAUUUUAUUUGUUCACUAUAUUUUGUUUUUGCUAAUUUCAAAGUGUGCACUGCAUUUCUUAUAUAGAUUGACUUACAUUGUGUUGUACAUAGGUGUCUAGUUCAUAUGGUUCUAAUAAUAGUUAACCUGGAGGUCUUCAAGGAAUUAAUUACUGAUUGGAACCAAAUAUUAGAAAAGAUUUAUAUUGGGAUAGAUGCAUAUAAAGAUUUUAGAGCUGCUGGAAGUCUAAGAUGCCAGUGUCUGCUUUACCUAACCUGGAUCAUGUAUAUGCCAAAUGGGAAAAUAGGGGACCCAAAGGUAGGAACACACUACCAACUGCCACUGAGAGAAACAGGGAUCCGGCACGAGCGAAUCCAGCACAGAAUGGGGAUGCUGAGCAAGCGAUACAGUCUGGUAAACAGAAGUGGCGUGACAAGUUUGGUGAUAACGUGAAACCUUUGCAGAGAAGACGUCCCAGGGAUCGGAAUAGACUCGUGGCUGUUCCUGCAGAAAUAAUACAGAGUGCUACUAUCGCCCAGUUUAAGACAUCACCUUCAAUAUUACCCGAACAUUUCAGUACACAACGACCAAUGAUGGGGCAUUGUUGCUCAUGUUUGCCAAAUAGUCAGAAAGAUUUGAUAACCCCUGCCACAAGUACAGAAGGCAUGAGGAACAUUCUAGAUGUCAGACAUGAGCUGAGAGGGAGUGGUGUGUUGUCUCGGCAGUUUUCAAGGCUAGUGUACUCCUGGCGGACAAGAACCCAUCAUAAAUACCCAGAGCUGAGUAUGGCUGUACUCACAAGCCAGAGGGUAAUUGAUGUUAUACAUGCAGAAUUGUUGGCAGAAGAGGUUCACCAGGACAGAGCUAUGUUGGAAAAGAGAGCCAGGGAUAUAUUGCACAAUAUGAAAUCCAGAGUGUCAAAUUUUCUUACCAAGCUGACAGGAUGGUUUUUACACCACUUUCUCAGUUUGAUGCUCAAUGGUCUUGUUGUACACAAUGGACAAUUGAAAAUGGUGAAAACAGCAUCUCAGAGAGGUGUACCAUUGUUGUUCCUGCCCUUACACAAGAGCCACCUGGAUUAUAUAAUCAUCACAUUUAUAAUGUGGAAUUUCGAUAUUAAAAAUCCAAACAUUGCUGCUGGUGAUAACCUUAAUAUCCCGUUUUUUGGUUUCUUAAUGAGAGGCCUAGGAGGGUUUUUUAUUCGUCGCAAGUUGGACAAAUAUUGUGGAAAGAAAGAUGUUAUAUACAGGAGUGUUUUACAUUCGUAUAUGGAACAGUUGCUAAGUGAAGGGGAAAACAUGGAGUUUUUCUUAGAGGGCGGACGCAGUCGUACAGGAAAGGCCUUACAACCAAAAGGUGGACUGCUCUCAGUUGUAAUAGAUUCACUCACUAAUGGUAUAACUGAGGACCUUUAUAUUGUUCCAGUCAGUAUCAGUUAUGAGAAACUGUUAGAUGGUAACUUCAACAAUGAACAGAUGGGAGUUGCCAAGAAAAAAGAAUCCUUUUUUGGUGCUAUUAGAGGGAUUUGGUCAGUGGUGAGAAAUCACUAUGGCAAUGUAAGAGUUGAUUUUGCACAACCCUUUUCCAUGAAGGAAUUAUUGCAAGCAUGCCAGUUACAGAGUCCUACAGUGAGUCCAGACUCAUCAACUGGAGAUUUCAGCAGCCCUGGUUCCCCACCUUCUAUAGUACGUAUUAGCAGUCUGACAUCCCUGUAUGGUACUGAUGUCGUAAUAGAGGACCAGAGACAGCUUGUCAACCGAAUAGGCCUUCAUGUUUUACACACAUGUGUUCAGACCUCAGCAGUAAUGAGUACACACUUGUUGGCAUUUCUUCUACUCACCAAACAUAGACAGGGUACAUCCUUGGACACACUUAUAAAAGACUUUGCAUGGAUAAGGGAGGAGGUUUUAGUACGUAAGCGAGAUUUGGGGUUUUCACCUUCAUCAAGCACACAUGACAUUGUCUGCUAUUCACUCUCUCUUCUUGGAUCCAAUCUGGUCACAUGGAGGACUGGAGGGCAAAAAGCUGAAAAUGAUGUUGUGCCUUGUGUAGAUAUGCCAACUGUGUUUGAACUCAGUUACUAUAGUAACCAUGUUUUAUCUGUCUUCUUACUGGAGAGCAUCAUUGUGAGUGCUGUGAUAUAUCUUAGUGAUAUAAGCCUGUCAACACUCGGUACAUCUACACCAGGGGAGAUAAUUUUGAUGUCUAGAGAUGAGAUCUUAGAGACAGCUGUUCAGUUAUCUAACCUGUUGAAGCAUGAAUUUAUUUCAGUGCCACCGUGUGCUAAACUAGAAGAGAGUCUUGCAGAUAUACUGGAUCAUCUAGUCACAUCAGAACUUUUGAAAAUUGAUGAUCAUCAAGAUCAAUAUGAUACCUAUGAAAAUGUGCAUGAGCGGCAGUGGGCUACAAGGUUGUCUGCGAGUCUAUCCUGGGCGGAUGGAGAUGAUGAUGAGGACAAUUACUGUCAACAGGAGCAGUUAUUACGGGUGAACUUAGAACACGAGGAUUGUAAGGACAAACUUCGAUUUUUCCACUCGAUAUUGGCUCCAUUUUUUGAGGCUUAUCUUGUUACUGCUCAUAACAUUCAAUCUAUGACAGAAGAAGAAAUGACAGAGGGAGACUUUAUGAAGAAGUUGCACAGUCAUGCUAAGUCAAGGGUCACCGAUGGAGUUGCCAGUUACAGUGAAAGUGCAGCCUUAGAGACAUUAAAGAGUGCAGUAAAGUCGUACAAGGAUGUUCGUAUCAUUGACUAUUAUAAUGCUGGGGGAGUGAGCAUGCUUGAGCUACAUGGCAGAUACGAUGUUCGUGAUUCACUCCACAAGUACCUCCAGAUGCUUGAAAGUCUGAGGGGUUAAAAUGGUUAAGCAUGAGAUCAAGGAUGUCAGCAUGAAAACCAGAGCCCAGAUAAUGGUGGAAAUGAGAAACUGGCAAAAAAUACUCAUUUAUGUGUUCAUUUAUGUGUUUUGUGUUAAACUAUUUCUAUGUAAAUUCAUUAGCUCACAAAAAAAGGUAUAGGAUGAGCUAUUAGUGUAGGUGGUUACUCUAGUGUCUAUUGUCCAGGGUCAGGCAUCCACAAUUGUGCAUAAACAUCUUCUCCUCUGAACUACUGGUCAGAAUUACACCAAACUUUGUUGGUAGCAUCCAGGUGAGGUCCCCACUCAAGUUUGUUCAAAUGGUUUAGCUUGACCCCUAAAAAUAGAAACUCCUUUAAACAAGUUCUCAUGAACCAGUGGAUGAAUCUUCUUCAAACCUAGUCUGUAGCAUCAUUAUAAGGUCCUGUCCCAAAUUUGUUCAUAUGGGGACACUCUGGACUCUUUCAUAGGCUGAUAGAGCUAAUAAUAGAAAUACCUUUAAACAACUUCUUGUCAUGAACUGCUUGAUGGAUCUUCAUUGAACCUAGUCUGUAGCAUCAUUAUAAAGUCCUCUUCCAAAUUCGUUCAUAUGGGGACACACUGGACCCUUUCAUAGGCUGAUAAAGCUAAUAAUAGAAAUACCUUUAAACAAUUUCUUCACAUGAACUGCUUGAUGGAUCUUCAUUGAACCUGGUCUGUAGCAUCAUUAUAAAGUCCUCUUCCAAAUUUGUUUAUAUGGGGACACUUGACCCUUUUUAUGGGCCGCUAGAACUAAAAACGGAAAUAUCUUUAAACAACUUCUCAUGAACCACCUGAAUGAUUUUCAUCAAAUCUGGUCUGUAGCAUCAUUAUAAGGUUUUCUCCCAAAUUUGUUAAAAAAGGGAAAAUUGGGCCCCUUGUAGGGGCCACUUGAGCUAAAAAGCAAAAUACCUUUAAAAGACUGGUUGAUGACCUGGUCUGUAGAUUCAAUAUAUUGUCCUCUGCCAAUUAUUAUCCCCCACUGAAGGUGGAGGGAUAUAGUUUUGCAUUGUUCAUCCAUCCGUCUGAAGCCAUAUCUAUGAAAUGGUGUAGAGUAUUAAAUAAUGUAAACUGCUGUAAGGAAAUCUCACCCUGCAAGUUACUGUCAGAUUGCAUGAGUAAGACAAGAUUAUCGCCCUUUGUACAUGUCUAUAUAUGACAUAUAUAGUGUUGUAUUCCAUUUUCUGUUUGCCAGUGUCAGAUCUCAGACAUUGUUGGAAAGAUUUCAAUAAAACAUGAUUCAAAUGCUAUAGGGAGAUGUGGCCAAGUUUCAUUCAGAUUGGUUGAGGAAAACAAGAUUUAUGGCCCUUUGUACUUCUACUACAUACAUGAUAAAAAAUAGUCCAUUUUCUGUUCAUCUGGAGUAAAAAAACAUAGUAAAAAUGUUUACUGCUAUAGGGAAAUGCAGCCUUGCAAGUUUCAGACAGAUUGCUUGAAGAAAACAAGAUUUGUGGCCACAAGUACUUAUUCAUAUAAUUAUAAUUAUUACAUAAACAUUUUCCAUUUCCUGUCUGUCCGGAGUCAUAUCUGAGAAAUGGUUUGAAGGCUUUCUAUAAAACAUCAUAAUAAUGUUACUUGUUGGGAAAUGUGGUCCUGCAAGAUUCAGUGAAAUUGCUUCAGGCACACGAGUUAUGGCCCUUCGUACUUAUAUGGUGCUUACUAUACAGAGUCUUCCUUUGCAAAUUUAGUGUCAUUUUAAGGUCCAUUUUUGCUAUGGGAUAUUGUAAGAAUAUGUUCAGUAUGGAAUAAACCAUUGCAUCCUAUCGCAUACUUGCCAUAUUUUCAGAUGGUCAAUAAGGGAGAUUUGCCUCAACAGGGCUUUUUUUAAGGGAGAUUAGGGUGAAAAUAAGGGAGACUUUAAUACGUGCUAAAUAGCCGUUUUCAUGAAAAAAUCAUUGACUUUCCAAUUGAAUUGAGUGGAGCCAACAACAGAAUGCAUGAUUAUUACUUAUAUAGCACUUUACUUAAUCCAAGGAAAUUCAGAAUUCCAUGAAAGAUUGAAUCAGAUACUUUGUUUUGGCAUGCUAUCUUGAAAUUAGGAAGCUUGUCUGGAGGCCAUGGUUUUAGAUGUAUUUUGGGUUGCUUUGGUCAAGAUCAAGGUCAAUAAUACUUAAAAGAGAAAAGUGAUUUUCUCAGGAUAACUUUAGUUAGGAAUGAGGUUGACAGUCUGAACUUGGUAAAUAGGUAGCUUUCAUAGAGACCAAUGUAUUUGUUUCAUUUUAGGUAGUUUGUUUCAAGGUCAUUGUUACUAAAUAUAGAAAAAUGGUUUUGAUUUUGGAAUUAGUAGCUUUCAAAAAGACUGAAAUUCAAUUGCAUUUAAGUGCUUUCUGUAGGCAAAGAAUGCUUUUUUGCAGGUGAUACAAAUUCUUUCAAUUGCUUGAUCAAGUAGGGGCCUGCAUCUCCUUUUAGGAAUCAUUUUAGCUCAAAAUAGAAAUAUCCUUAAAUGAUUUCUUCUUAUGUACCACUUGAUGGAUCUUCAUCAAACUUGGUCUGUAGCAUAAUUAUAAGGUCUGCUGGAGCGAGACAAAAAAAACACUUAAGCAACACUUGAUGGAGCUGCAUAUAAAUUGGUAUGUAGCUUCAUUGCAAGUCCGCUCCUAAUUUGACUCAAAUUGGGGCACUUGGGGUGGUGUGGGGUCCUUUAGGGGUUACUGGAGCUAAAGAUAGAAAUACCAUUAAACAAUUCUUGUCAUGAACUACUAGAUGGAUCUUCAUCAAACUUGGUCUCUAUCAUUAUUAUCAGGUCCUUUCCAAAAUUUGUUUAAAUGGGGGCACUCAGAUCUCCUUUUAAGGGCCACAGAAGCUGCUAGUAGAAAUACCUUUACCGUCAUCCUACGAAUAUAAGACGCACAUUUUUUUUACGAGAUUCUGGUCUUGAAGGAUCGAUGCGUCCUAUAUAUGGGGAUAGAAAAAGACCAAACAUUUCCCCUGACUCAAAAAUUACGAAAAUCGAUCUUUGUUUACCCUGUGUAUAUACCUCUAUAUUGAAGAGAAUUCAAGGGGAGUAAAUACCAAUGACUCGGGCAUAGCUAAUAGCUGGUAUCAGGACCCGGCGUCUUAAAUUACUUUUGUAUAAAAUGUAAAAUUUAGAGCUCGCGUAAAAGAAGAUAAAUAAAUGCUGUUUUUCAUUAAAAUAUAUUUUACAACGCAUUUCUGUAACUGAUCAUUAAGUUUUUAACAAGACGUGUAAAACUUCCCCAGCGUGUUUUCACACAUUUUGCAGGAAAAUACUUGAAACUCCAUAUCAGGUAGCCCGGAUAUCGAUUAUCUAAUCUUCAAACAUAAUUUUGAUAGUUGUCUAGAUCCUCCGGUUCAUUGAGAAAUUCACGCCCAAGGCAUUACUUAUCCUACACCUACUGUCACAAUCUGCAAACAAUUAACCGUUUAAUCAUACCCGUAGGCAAUUGUAAACAUGUGCAUGCGCGAUUUUAGACUGAUUCAAAGUGAUCAUAGUCGCUGAUCCGUAAUGUUGAAAACAAUUUGCAAACCAGUCUUCAAAUUAUGUCAUUUUACCGCCACGUACCAAAGAGUACUUUCGUUUUCACAGGUGUCAAUAUUAAUGGAGUGGUCAGAGGAUGCGGCAGUUUAGUGAUUACACAGAGUUUAUGCUUUUUCAAUUUAAAUACUUGCCACAACAUCCAAAAACAUCGACAAUGAUUAAGCAAAAACCGUUGAGUUCGUAGAAACUAUAGCGAAUUUCGGACAAACAUAAAUUCGGAUAAGUGAUAAUUAGGUAUAAGCAUUUUUCCAGAAUUCUGCUGAUAUUUUUUCAUUGCGUCCUAUACACGAGUGCGACCUAUAUUCGGCCAAUUACUGUAAUCAACUUCUCAUGAUCAGGUUGAUGGAUCUUCAUCAAACUUGCUCUGUAGCAUCAUUAUAAGGUCCUCUCCAAAGUUUGUUCAAAUGGGGACACUUGACCCUUUUUAGGGAUCACUCGAGAAACAUAAAAAUACCUGUAACCAACUUCUUUUCAUAAACGGCUUGUUAGAUCUUCAUCAAAUUUGGUCUGUGGCAUCUCCUGAUUUUGUUUUCAAAUGCAGGCACUCAACCCCUUUUAUGGAUCACCAGAGCUAAAAACAGAAAAACAUUUAAAAUACGUUUUCUCAUUUAAAACUUUAUGGGUCUUUAUCAAAGUUGGUCUUUAGGAUCAUUAUGAUGUCCCUUUUAGGACUUUGUAGAGCUAAAAAUAAAAAUAGCUUUAAACAACAUCUUCUCAUAAACAGCUUAAUGUUUUAUCUUUAUCAAACUUGAUCUGUAAUGUCAUAGUAAGUUUUGUUUUCCAAAUUUGUUCAAAUGGUUGCAUUCUGCCUCUUUAUGGGGCAGCUAGAUUAAAAUUGUAAUAACUUUAAACAGCUUCUUUUCUGGUGAUCUUCAUCAAACUUGUUCUGUAGCAUCAUUAUAAGGUUAUUUCCCAAACUUGUCCAAAUGGGGGCACUUGGCCCCUUUUAAGGGUUGCUAGAUCUAAAAAUAGAAACAACCUUUGAAUGACUUUUCAAGAUUUGCGUGGUGAAUUUUCAUGAAACUUGGUCUGUGACAGAAUUGUAAGAUCCUCUCUGAAAUUUGUUCAGAUGGUGGCACUUUGCUCCUUUCAGGCUAAACAGUGGUUUCCAUUCAUGAUUCAGUGUUGCAUACCUGUAUUCAAGGUCAAACAGUUAAGGUCAGGUGAGUGACUUAGGACCACAAUGGCCCUCUUGUUUAUGAAAUGUAACAAUAAUCAUAAUUGAAGUUCAAAUAGUAGAAGUCAAACAAAAAGGUAGAUUUUCUGUAGUGAAAUGAAAAUGAUGAGAUCAAGUUUAUAUGGUUACUAGGAACGUAUGAAAGAAAUCUCAAAACAAUGUAUGCUUAACUCCAGUUCUUAAUGACAUUUUUUUUAGCUCUUAAUAUAGUGCAGUUGACUGGAAAUCUCAGAAAUUUAAACAAAUACUGACUCAAGCAGUUCCAAGAUUAAGUGUAUGUUAGAUUUUUGAAGCAGUUUUCAGGAAUUUAUUGAUUACAUGAAAUGUGAAAUUAUUAAAUACAAAAUAAAGUGAUAUUGCAACAAAGUAAUAUGUACCAAGUUUUGGAUGCUAUGUUAUAGGGAAUGGGUUCUGUAAAAGCACAUAUUUUCGAUGGGUUUGAAUAUGUUCGCAUGGUUUUAUAUUCGCGAGAUUGUAAAAAAAGUUAUCCUGCUUGUUUCGAGUCGGGUGUCUAAAGCUUUACCUAUAGACAAAUAUGUUUAAAUGUAUACCAUAAAGAUCGAUUGCUAUGGAUUUAAUGGAUGUUUUAAUACAGUCUAACCUGUCUCAAGCAGCCAGCCAGGGGAAGCAGACAACUUGGCCGCUUAAGCCAGGUGACCGCUGAUCAGAGGGGCAGCCAGUAUAUAUAUAUUUCAGACUUCUGACCAGUGUUCAAUCAUGACUUUAGCCUUUAGGCCCAUUUCUUUUACGUUUUACUCUCAUUAUUUUACCAGGAUUCAUUGACGUGCAUUUGCCUUCGCAAUACGAAUGGUCUUCUUAGCAAGCAACAACUCCGGCGUGUGUUUUUUUUUUUUUUUACAACAAAAAUUGUCAUAAACGAUUUUCCAACUUUUAAACAAGUUUGUUUACGAAUUUCGCUGUUUUGGUAAAGGGAAGCUAGUCGCCGCACUUACUGUCUACGCUAAAAUCUAAGAUUGCCGUAACGUCCGUAAAAGAUCAAGUUGUUUAUAUUUCUUUCAAACAAAAUUAAUUUCAUAUAAAUUUAAUA